AUGAUCGACGCCCUGCAACUCUACUUUUCUUUACCUCUAUUUCUCUUCUCAAAACCCCAAUCAUACAUGUGUCUAAUAAAGAUCCAGCUUUUGAAACCCUAUCUAUCCAAUGCCAUUGCCACCCCCUCUCUUACCCCUCUUCUACCUUCUGUAAUGAUGAGAAACCCCAACAGUCUCCACAACCCUAACCAUCACCAGCAGCGAAUAGGUGAGGACAAGGAGAAUGCUAAGCCAUCAAUUUCUGAUUCUUCUUUCUCCUUCAUUCCUCAGUCGUUAUCGAUAUUUACCUGGGUAUUGGGAAUACUUGUGGUGCUUAUGUUCAUACCUAUUGAUGAGAAGAGUAAAUGGGGUGUAUCUGUAGCCAGUUUAAGGUACAUUAAUGUUGCCAUGGUGACUGUGUUGAAGAAUUUCACCAAUGUGUUAACUGCAUUGAUAAUAUUAGCAAUAUCUGGAGGGAUAACGGAUUUGUCUUAUAAUGUUGUUGGAUACGCAUGA